AACCCUCCAUCAUUUCUUUCCUUCACAAACCAGCCAUUUGUUUUCAGUAUCUCUAAAUUUAACUUACUCAUGGCUGCCUCAUUAAUCUUUUUUACCAUAUUUUUAGCAUUGGGAGAGUUUGCUCCUCAAGCCGAAUCUGCACCUCGUGCAUUUUUUGUGUUUGGAGACUCGUUGGUUGAUAGUGGCAAUAACAACUUCUUGGCUACUACUGCCCGAGCCGAUGCACCACCUUAUGGUAUUGACCACCCAAGCCAUCGAGCUACUGGACGUUUCUCAAAUGGCUACAACAUUCCUGACCUCAUCAGUCAGCGCAUAGGGUCUGAGCCUACAUUGCCAUACUUGAGUCCAGAACUCAAUGGGCAAAAGCUUCUCAUUGGUGCCAACUUUGCAUCCGCGGGCAUUGGGAUUCUGAAUGACACCGGGAUCCAAUUUGUGAACAUAAUUCGGGCUCCAAUGCAACUCGAGUACUUUAAACAAUACCAACAACGAGUUAGUGCACUUAUCGGACCAGCAAAAACUAAGGAGCUUGUAAACAAUGCGCUCGUUCUCAUUACACUUGGAGGAAAUGAUUUUGUUAAUAACUAUUACUUAGUCCCAUUAUCUGCACGUUCCCGUCAAUACAGUCUUCAAGAUUACGUUCCUUUUAUCAUAUCGGAGUACAAAAAGAUUUUGUUGAGGCUCUAUCACUUGGGAGCGCGCAGGGUACUUGUAACUGGUACGGGUCCAUUAGGGUGUGUGCCUGCAGAACUGGCUCAACAUAGUCAAAACGGCGAAUGUGCAACUGAGCUUCAAAAGGCGGCAUCUUUGUACAACCCACAAUUAGACGAUAUGCUUAUGGGUCUUAAUAAAGAACUCGGUAAACAUGUGUUUGUUGGUGUAAACACAAGGAAGAUGCACAAUGAUUUCAUGAGCAAUCCAGGGGCAUAUGGAUUUGUUACUGCAAAAGUAGCAUGUUGCGGACAAGGGCCAUACAACGGGAUUGGGCUAUGUACCCCGAUGUCAAACUUAUGCCCAAACAGAGAUAUUUACGCGUUUUGGGAUGCAUUCCAUCCAUCAGAAAAGGCAGGUAGGCUUAUCGUAGAUCAGAUUAUGGUUGGAGCAAGCGAGUACAUGAAUCCCAUGAAUCUUAGUACCAUUUUGGCCUUAGAUUCAGAUAAUUUGUAGCUUUUAAUUUGUGUGUGUGUGUGUUAAGGAUUGAGUAUCCUAAUUAAUGUUUGAAUUUUUUGGAGUGGACGUCUCAUGAUCUGAGAUGAGGAUGUGUGGCGUUUUGAUUAUAUUUCAGAUGUAAUAAAUUAUGAUUUCAAGAUUAAUGGCUAUAGUUGAUAUUUAUAUCGA